AUGAAAUGUGGCCUCGACGUGCAACCAGUUCGACGGUGCAUGACGCCGCUUUUGCCGCUUCAAACAAAACCAAAAUGUUCGCGCACAUUUAACAGGUUAUCGUGGCCUCGAUCGACCGAAGCCGUCUCGACGCGGACCAACUCGACGCGGCCGCAGACGGGCCGACUUCACCUGGCCCCCGAAGCCGAGCCUGGCUCAGACGAUCUGCUGGAGACAGCCAAUCGGCGCGUCGCAAGUGGGGUCGGUGAUGCACCAAUCAGACGACUCGUCCCGGUGGCCAGUGUUGGUGUGCCGCCGGAGCGACUGGCGACAAGCGCCGGUUGGCCCGAAGCACCAACAUGA